AUGUGUUUCAGAACACCGCCUCAACAACAGGAUCCAUAUGUGAAUAGUCCAAGUCAUAAGGCAUUCACUCGAGCUUUUCUCUCCAAAUCUACUGUGGCAUUUGGGCAAGAUGACUAUCUUGCAUGCCCACUUGGUGUACUCUUCAUGUUGAGUAUCCUGUUAGGCACUGGUGGUACUCAAGGAAAUACCAGUUACCAGAUAGGCAAGUCAAUCAGGCUGAAGUCAAUGUUUUCACCAACCAAUCAAUCAGAGGCAAGAGAAGAAAUUAAAUCGUUAUACAAAGAGCUAGUCGAAUCGCUUACUACAGAGAUAAGAACAGAAAAUCGAAAAAAUAAUCAAGUUAUCAAAAUAUCCACAGGAACAUUUGUACAGGAGACAGUUGAAAUCAAUCCAGAAUUUCAACAAUCUUUGAAAGAUGACUUUCAAGAAGAACUAGAAAGAGUGGAUUUCGGAAAUCGGACUAGUGCUGCAAUCAAUAUAAAUCAUUGGGUUGAUGAACACUCUUAUGGACUAGUGAAAAAAUUCUUUACAAGUGCUCGUGAAAUUCCAAAAGAUACCUGGAUGAUAAUGAUAAGUGUAUUCUACUUUAAAGACUACUGGGAAAAUCCAUUUGAACCACACUAUACACGAAUAGAAACUUUUAGUGUUUCUCCUAGGCGUAAUUUAAAAGUUCCAAUGAUGGCUAGUGAAGAAGUGCUAUUGUACGAGAAAUUCCAGAAGGAUGGUUUCGAAAUGAUCAGUAAACCUUUUCGGAAUACUCGUUUCACGUUUGUGGUGAUUUUGCCACUUAAUAAAUGGGAACUUAGUAAGCCUGUUGAAGUUCUUAACGGAAAUAAAAUACUAAGUAAAUAUGUGGGCAAACUAAAGGAAACUACAGUUUCUUUAAGAAUGCCAAAGUUCAAGUUGGAGAAGACGAUUGAUCUUGUCAAACCUUUAGAGGAGAUUGGUAUUGUGGAUUUGUUUCGUCCAUCACAAGCUGAUAUUACAGGAAUUUCACCAAACAAAACGCUACAUGUAAAUGCAUUUCUUCAGUCGAAUACAUUAAAAGUGGAUGAGAGUGGUGUUGAAGCAGCGGCUGUUACUUCGCCUAUAUUAGUACCAGUUUCAUUUAUUAGAUCAGAGAUCGAUUUUCAUGUGAAUCAACCAUUUGUCUGUUUUAUAUAUGAUCAACAAUUAGCCAUGCCAUUAUUGGCAGCUCAAGUAAUUGAACCGAUGAUUUGAUUAUGAGUAUUACUAUUAUGAAUAUAAUAUAUUGUGACUUCGGAGAUACAUACUUUUUCACAUUU